UCAGAUGCGGAGCGUCGUGGUGCAGUAAGCGCAGCGAGGAGAAGUUGGUUCGAACCUUUUCCUCCGCGAACGGGCACGGUUCGCUUCGGGUGCUUUGUUUACCCGCGUAUCGACGAACCAUCGACUUUGGUAGGCGCUGCCGGGGCCAGAACACCAGGAGUCAAUGCUACCGACGGGAACGCACCCGACCGCCCCUUCCGACAACAGUAAUAACGAAGUCGGAAAGAACAGUGGCACCACCAUGUCCGGCAGUUCCAUAGAAAACCGCAUCACGAUGAUGGAACAGAUGAUCCAGAGCCCCCGUGCGACUCCCUCACUGUCGCUGCCGAUCACAUCGCAGCCGCCGACGAAUCGUUUCAAUCGCACCGGAAGCGGUGGCAUGGGCGGAGGGUCAGGACCCAAUCGACCAUCGUUAGGUUUGAAUCUGCCCAUCGUAUCCGGCAAUCGGCGUAGUGAAUCGGAACUCAAGUUCCAGAAGAUCGUCGACAAAAGCGGACAGUUGAAGAUAAACGAUAAGAUUUAUCGCACGCAGCUCAGUGAUCUGGAGGAUUUGGGCGAACUUGGGAACGGGACCAGCGGUCAUGUGGUAAAAAUGCGACACAAUCCGAGCGGUGCCAUCAUUGCUGUGAAGCAAAUGAGACGCACCGGUAACGACGAAGAAAACAAACGAAUCAUAAUGGAUCUGGACGUGGUGCUGAAGUCGGAAAACUGCAAGUACAUAGUGAAGUGUCUGGGUUGCUUUAUCACCGAUGCAGACGUUUGGAUCUGCAUGGAGUUGAUGACGACGUGCUUUGACAAACUGCAGAAAAAGUCCAAGACCCCGGUCCCGGAAGAAAUCCUCGGUAAGGUAACGGUGGCUACGGUACGGGCACUGGCCUACCUCAAGGACAACCACCGGGUGAUCCACCGGGACGUUAAACCCUCGAACAUUCUGAUCGACGAUCGGGGUAAUAUUAAACUGUGUGAUUUUGGCAUCAGUGGUCGAUUGGUGGACUCGAAUGCCCGUACACGGUCAGCCGGGUGCGCUGCAUACAUGGCGCCGGAGCGAAUCGAUCCAGCAAAAACAGUGUAUGACAUACGGGCAGAUGUGUGGUCCCUCGGUAUCACGCUGGUUGAACUGGCAACCGGUGUAUUUCCCUAUCGUGGCUGUGUGACCGAUUUCGAAGUGCUCACGCAAGUGCUCACCUCGAAUCCGCCGCGGUUGCCAGAGGAUCAGUCCUUUAGUCCAGAAUUUCGUGACUUUGUGCAGCUAUGCCUGCAGAAGGACUAUCAAGCACGACCAAAAUAUCCGGAUCUGCUGAGACACGCUUUCCUACAGCGUGCCGAACACGACACCAACAUCAACGUUGGCGAAUGGUUCCGUAAUGUGGCUGUCAACUGUGGCAUUCAGCUUACUAGCCCACAACCUCCGAGCGCUUCAUCCGCUUCCGUCACUUCCCCUCGAACCUGGGCCGUAUUCUUGGAACAACCCAGAAUACCGACACCGCUCGGAAGCAUGACGGAAGCGGUCCAGGCGCAAUCGAACCAGCAAAAACAAACCAUCGCCAUCGCCGCUUCAUCUAUCCCGAUCAAGUCAACCGCCACCAUCCUAUCCCCCCACAUAGCCAACGAAGCACCUAGUAACCUCAGCAAUCUGCAGCAACGAUCACAGCAACAACAGCAGCAACUUCUUCAGAGCAAACUAAGCAACAUUAGUCUAGCUUCCUCAUCAUCCUCCAUCUCGGCAGCAGUAGGCACGACACCAGUAGCAACGGCCGCCACCUCCACCACCACCUACACGCCGCCUACCUCGUCUUCCUCUCCGGCCGCAUUCGAUCCGCACCGGUCACCCUCGCCCCAGGCCUACUAUUUAGCGAAAAUGCAGUCAAAAAGUGCCAUUACUAGCACUAGCGUACCGAUAGCGACGGGUAUCGGAGGUGGACCGGGAUUGGAGCGAAACGGUUCCCUCGAACCAGCACGAAAGUACAAACACUCGCCGUUUCUUACGCGACGCACCGCCUCCGAGUACGGCAACGGUAGCCCGAAGAAGGAAUCGACUCUGAGCAGUUUGGGGCAAAGUAUCUUCAAAAACCUAACGACAUCACCAUUUGCACAGCGCAAAUCACUUCCGCCGGGUGAAUCGAAGUUGGCCUGCUCAGUGUCUACCUCUCCUUCCCCGAUGCCAGUAUCCUCCGCGCUCUAUGCCAACGGUGCUGGACCAGCGAGUAAUCCGUCCUCACCGUUGUUGCUACUCCGCAAGGCGCACGAGGUGCCGGAAUCAGACACGCAGUAUAGACAUCUGCACGGAAACACUAGUCCAAUUGUUCUACAGCGAUUCUAUCACCAACAGAAUCAGCUGAUCGAGCAGCAAAGGGAAGCAAUGCAGCAACAGCAGCAGCAAGUUGUUUACGGGUACUCUUCACCUUCCCCAGUUCCUUCGGCAAGCGAAGCAUCGCCCCGCCCAACCCGUUACAGUCCUCUACCCUCUCAUCGAACCGUACACCACGGGGUACACCCGGUACUGAGCACCCCGACCCUACACCAAAGUGCAAUCCCGCUCUACGUACAUCACGAACCUACGGCAGGGACAGCUCCAAUGCCGCCAGCUCCCGCUUCCGGCAUACCCGUGUACCAGCAAUCGAGUGGUACCACAGCAAGUCCCAAGCACAAAUCUUCGUCCUUCUUCAACACGUUCAGCCGCGGUAUGAAAAGUGCCGGUCGGGGUGAUAAGGUGAUUGAUCGUGGGGGCACCACUGCACCCACGCUGUUGUCUGGGGAUCGCCCCCUCUACGCCACUACUAGCCAAACCGUGUAUCAUCACCAGGGACAGACGAGUGCGGCGAUGCUGCAACGACACGCAGGAAUCAGCAAUGGAGGGAUGGUAGUACCGGACGGUAGUAAAGAAGAGACAGGAUGGUUCAAUUCCUUUGCAGAUAUCAAGCGAAAGUUUGCCUCGUUCGUGAAGCUGAACAUAAAUAAUAAUGGGACGGGGACGAGUGGUGUGGGCACUGGUGGAACUACCACAAUUGGAGACAAGCGGACACUAAAGGAGAAACACUUGCAACAACAACAGCAGCAGCAGCAGCAACAACACCAUCUUCAGUUGCACCAACCACAGCUUUAUGGAACGAAUCCUUUCGAUAUGUCAGCAACGGCGGGCUCUGCCGGUAUUAUUUACGGUGCGGGAGCAUUUCCCGGUGCUUCGGCAACGUCGGUAGUGCAACCACCGUCCGCCAUACCACCAAUGGCGCACGUGCUCAACAGUCCAGCGACCGAUCGACGGCACCGUAGUCCAGAUCCUCCACCGAGAUUAAACCGCGGCCAAUCACCGCUACUUCUGCAACGGAAACUCGAACAGCUCGGCCACACCGGAUCGCCGUUGCUGAACAGAAGACCCUUUAAUUCUACCUCCCCAUCUCCACCACCUCGGCGUGGUUCGGAAAGUGUUCCCGGAUCGCCGCAACAUUUGCGUGCCCGCAUCAACUACACCCCGGAACCGCACAGGCGUCCGUACCGUACUACGAUCGACCAAUGA